AGAGACUGCGACUUUCCAAACCCAGGAUACUUACGAAAUCACUCCUCUUAUGAGACCUCUCUAUGUUUUUUUCUUUGUUUCUGUAGAUCUUGCACACAGGUAAUAAGCUACCAAAUACUUUGUCACUUGCUUUGUUUUUAAGCAUACAUACACAGUAUGAGCUCUCCUUAGUAUUAAAAAACUGAAUCUAUGAAAGUCAUCAAGACCAAACCAUUGGGUGAUAGUUGUUCUGAUGAUUAAUCUCUUAGGAGUAAUCUCUGUUAAACAUUCAUACUAACGUAGUAAUUAAACCUUAUUGAGGAGUUAAAAGAAAACUCUUUGGUAAGAGAAAUCAGCAAAAUUUCAAUUCUGUGUUUCACUUUAAAUAAGGAGCUGUGUGCUAUAAGAUAGCCUGGCUGAGACCUGUGAAAAGGAGAUGGAAUUUUCCUAUGAGGGUAUAAUGAAGAAUUUAAAAUUUAUACCAUAAAUAUUAUGUACAGAUUGAGUGAAUUUAAGAUGAGUAACAUUUCUAAUUUUGUUAUAAUAACUAUGUAGGAUGAAUACUGAUUUUUUACAAAUCAAUUUGCUAUAGAAGAAAAAUAGACUUUUUUAACAAAACUGUUUACCAAACUGUUUACAAAAUUGUUGGAUAACCCCCUUUGCUCACCUUUUCUAAAUCUGACUUUUCUUUCUCUGUUUCUGUAGAUUGCAGCUUUCUCUCUCACAGGUUUAUGUCCAGAUAGAAAUGUAAAGGCAUUUAAUGGACUGAAUGUCUUCAAAUUCAUAUAUCAAAGCCUGUCCCCCAGUGUGAUGGUGAUUGGAGAUGGGGUCUUUGGGAGGUGAUUAGGAAAAUGAGGGUGGGGCCUUGGUCUGAUGGAAUUAAUGCCCUUAUCAGAAGAGACACCAGAGAGCUUGAUCUCUCUCUCUCUCCACUAUGUGAGGAUACAGUGAGAAGGCUGCUGUCUGCAAACCAGCAAGAGAGUUCUCAGCAGAACCUGACCAUGCUGGCACACUGAUCUUGGACUUUCAGCCUCCAGAAUAAUUUCUGUUGUGUAAGCCACCCAGUCUGUGGUAUUUCAUUAUGGCAGCCCAAGCUAAGACAGAUUUUGAUACCAAGAGGUUUACGGUAAACAUACCAGGUCUAGAACAAACGAAUCAGAUUUUACACAUCUUGUUUAUAUUUUUACCCUUUCUGUGGGCACUCGGGACUCUGCCCCCACCUGAUGCCCUUUUCUUAUGGGCAAUGGAGCAGAUUUUAGAGUUUGGCCUUGGAGGCUCAUCUAUGUCAACCCAUUUACGGUUAUUAAUAAUGUUCAUCAUCUCUGCUGGAACAGCGGUAACAUCGUAUUUCAUUCCCAGCACUGUUGGUGUGGUUCUUUUCAUGACUGCACUUGGGUUCUUGCUGAGUCUUAACCUAAGUGACAUGGGUUUUUUCUUCAAACACAGUGCAACUGGACACAGAGUUGGAACCAAAUCUCAGGCUUUACCCAAUGGGUCAGAAAAACAGUUUACUUGGAAGGAAUGCCUUUUCUAUAUUAUUAUAUUAGUCUUGGCUCUCAUAGAAACUAGUUUGCUGCAUCAUUUUGCUGGUUUCCCACAGAUUUCCAAAAACAGUCCUCAGGCUAUUGUUGGCUAUAUUUUGAUGAUAUUGCUUAUAAUACUGUGGCUACUUAGAGAAAUUCAGAGUGUCUGUAUCUUUGGAAUUUUCCAAAACCCUUUCUAUCCAAAGAAUGUGCAAACUGUGACUUUAUUCUUAGAGAAGCAAAGAAGGCUUAUGAAGAUUGGUGUUAUCAGACGGAUUUUGCUAAAUCUAGUGUCGCCUUUCGCUAUGAUAGCAUUUCUUUCAUUGGACAGUUCCUUACAAGAGCCCCACUCUGUGUCUGUCUCCAUUGGGUUCACAAGAGCUUUUAGAAUGGUGUGGCAGAAUACAGAAAAUGCUUUAUUGGAGACAGUCAUCGUAUCAGCAGUGCACUUAUUAAUCUCCAGUACAGAUGUGUGGUGGAACAGAAGCCUGGAUACAGGAAUCAGACUCUUACUGGUUGGUAUCAUGCGUGAUCGUCUGAUUCAGUUCAUCUCUAAACUGCAGUUUGCCGUGACUGUACUUUUUGCAUCGUGGACUGAGAAAAAACGUCGAAAGUCAACCACCACUUUAUGUAUACUCAAUAUUGUCUUCUCUCCAUUUGUGCUGGUCUUCAUAGUUUUUUCUACACUACUCUCCUCUCCAUUACUCCCCCUCUUCACCCUUCCUCUGUUCUUGGUGGGCUUUCCCCGACCUGUUCAGAGUUGGCCAGGAGCAGUGGGCACCACAGCCUGCAUAUGUGCAGAUACAGUAUACUACUACCAGAUGGUCCCACAUUUGACCACUGCGCUGCAGUCUGCAAUGGCAGCUGGAAGUUUAGGUCUCCUCUUACCUGGGUCUCAUUACUUGGGCCGUUUUCAGGAUCGUUUAAUAUGGAUAAUGAUUCUAGAAUGUGGCUAUACUUACUGCUGUAUUAACAUUAAGGGCUUAGAAUUGCAGGAGACAUCCUGUCAUACUGCUGAAGCUCAAAGAGUUGAUGAAGUUUUUCAAAGUGCCUUUGAACAAGAAUAUGCAAGAGUAUGUUCUGUUAAUGAACACUUUGGAAAUGUCUUGACACCCUGUAUUCUUUUGCCAGUAAAACUCUAUUCUGAUGCCAGGAAUGUUCUAUCUGGCAUAAUCGAUUCUCAUGAUAACUUAAAAGAAUUUAAAGGUGACCUUAUUAAGGUACUUGUGUGGAUACUUCUUCAACACUGUUCCAGAAGGCCCAGCAUGCAGGAGGUUAUUCACAAAACUGAAAAUAAAGGGAAAGAAUCUCUAAUAAUCCUGCCUGCUUUGAAUGCUUCACCACAAACCCAAUCCCUAGAAGACACAGAUAGUUUAAAUUCAGAAAUUUUGGAUGAUUGGUCUGAUGAUAAUGUUUUUGGUGAUGAGCCAACUAUCAAAAAAGGAAAAGAAGAAAAAGAUCAAUUGAAAGUUGUACCAGGUGUAAAUUUGCCUAUUCCGGGAUCAGUAGAAUCACAGGGGGUCGGUGAUCAUUCAGUAGGCACAGUUCCUGAAAAUAAUCUUUACAAGGCAGUUAUAUUGGGAUACCCUGUUGUUGACAAAGGAAAGCAAGAAGACGUGGCAUAUAUCCCUCUCAUGGAGUUCAGUUGUUCUCAUUCUCACUUGUUAAGCUUACCUGAAGAGUGGACGUCUAACUGUUUGCCUAACUCCAAAAUGAGGGAGAUGAGCUCAUUAUUUCCAGAAGAGUGGUACCAGUUUGUUUUAAAGCAGUUGGAAUGUUUUCAUUCAGAAGAAAAUGCCUCAAAUGUACUGGAAGAAAUCGCAAAGGACAGAGUUUUAAGAGACUUUUAUGUUCAUGCCGUAAUGACUUGUUAUUUUAGUUUAUUUGGAGUAGAUACUAUGGUUCCCAGUCCUGGUCAUAUAUUGAGAGUUUAUAGUGGUGUUUUGCCUUGGUCCCUUGCCUUGGAUUGGCUUACAGAAAAGCCGGAACUGUUCCAACUAGCACUGAAAGCUUUCAGGUAUACUCUGAAACUCAUGAUUGAUAAAGCAAGUUUAGGUCCAAUAGAAGACUUUAAAGAGCUGACUAACUGCCUUGAAGAAUAUGAAACUGACUGGUACAUUGGUUUGAUAUCUGAUGAAAAGUGGAAGGAAGCAGUUGUACAAGAAAAACCAUACUUGUUUUCUCUGGGGUAUGACUCUAAUAUGGGAGUUUACACUGGGAGAGUACUUAGCCUUCAAGAAUUGCUGGUCCAAGUUGGGAAGUUAAAUGCUGAAGCUGUUAGAGGCCAGUGGGCCAAUCUUUCCUGGGAAUUGCUUUAUGCCACAAACGAUGAUGAGGAACGAUACAGUAUCCAAGCUCAUCCACUACUUUUAAGAAACCUUACGGUACAAGCAGCUGAUCCUCCCCUGGGAUAUCCAGUUUACUCUUCAAAACCUCUCCACAUACAUUUGUAUUAGAGCCCAUUUUGACUUGUAAACGUAUUGUCAUCACAUGAGAUGGGGUUUUUUUUUUUUUUUUUCCAUUCUAGAAAAGUAACAAUGUGAUUCCUCAUAACUUCACUGGACUUCUCUCUCUUCCUCCAAGUCCGAUGCCUGAGAAAAGCUAAGCUCUGUAAAGUUGACUCUCUUAGCUAUCUUAAUGGUUAAAAAAAAUCAAACAAACUUGAUCUGACAUGAAAGUUAGAGCUAGUCGGCCAGUAUUUGUGCCCUGUGGAUUGUGGUAGGUUUUAGCAAAUAUAAAACAUUUGUGUAAGAUUAGAUAAUAAAUUUUUUAAUGCCUCCUUAAAUAUGUGGUAGGUGACUUGCCUUAUGGAAGUCAGCAGCUAUGUGAUUUUUACAUACUCAGAAGACACACGUAUCAGUGCUUUUAAGUAAUGGUAAUGGAUCCUAUUGAAAGUUGCAAAAUGUAUAUAUAUUUAUUUGAAAUACUAAAUUUUAUAGUAUUUUCAAACUUAAUGCCGUUUUAACAUUUAACAUGGUCUAAGUAUUUUCAUAUAAUCUAUUCAUUUUCUUUUCAUAUACUUCAAUUCAGAAACCUUAAAAGCCUUUAGUAAAAUCUCUUACAAUAAAAUAUUUUCUUUUCCUUUCCCCGUAUCCUUUUGAUAUACAUGAAAGAAACUGGGUUUAACUUGCUUUUCAGGAUUAAUAGUGUUUGGUUACAACAUAAUGAGUUCACUAGUAGAGGGCAUUCUGUUGAUCUGGCUCCUUAAGCAUUUCUUUUUCUUUUUCUUUUUUUUUUUUUAAUGUUUAUUUAUUUUUGAGAGAGAGAGAGAGACACAGAAUCCGAAGAGGCUCCAGGAUCCUAGCUGUCUGCACAGAGCCUGAGGCAGGGCUUGACCUCACAAAUUGCAAGAUCACGACCUGAGCCAAAGUCGGUCGCCCAACAGACUGAGCCAUCCAGGCACCCCAGGCAUUUCUUUUCAGUUGAAUAUACUGCUUCUGAAGAAUGAUUUACCCAAUAGGACUAAUGGGCACUAGUGUUGUAGGUAUAUGAACUAAAGACUGAAAGAAAUGGUAGAAAAAUUUUCAUAACAUCAGGAUAUUCAUUCUUUUGCUGCUUAUAGAUACAGAGAAAAGACUGGUGGUUGCAUGAGGAGGGUGGUGGGAGAUGAAAUGGGUGAAGGGGAUCAAAAAGAAUAAACUUCCAGUUAUAAAAUAAGUUAGUCAUGGGGAUAUAAUGUACAGCACGGUGACUAUAGUUAAUACUGUAUCCCUCAUCUGAAUGCUGUUAAGAGUAGCUCUUAAAAGUUCUCAUCACAAGAAAAAUUUUUGUUAAGUGUGACAGAUGUUAACUAGACUUACUGUGGUGAUCAUUUCACAAUAUAUACAAAUGUUAAAUCAUUAUGUACACCUGAAACUAAUGUUAUCUGUCAGUGAUAGCUCAAUUAAAAAAAAAUAGUUAAGUUGGGGUGCCUGGAUGGCUCAGUCAGUUAAGUGUCCUACUUCGGCUCAGGCCAUGAUCUCAGUUUGUGAGUUCAAGCCCCCUGUUGGACUCUGUGCUGACAGCUCGGAGCCUGGAGCCUGCUUCAGAUUCUGUGUCUCCCUCUCUGCCCCUCCCCUGCUCAUGCUGUGUGUCUCUCAAAAAUAAAUAAACAUGAUCAAUGUAGCCAAUAAAGAUAUUAAAACAUGCUUCCAAGGUCGUCCCUUUGGAAAAA